AUUGAUUGAAUUCAAUAAUAUCUUUAUGGACAUUUCCUCUUUGAGGAAAUAAAAAGAAAUAUAAAUUAAUUCAUUGGUUGUCUGUAUUAUUAGUUCGAGACGUGUUUUCGUUGCUACCACUUCUACCAUAUUUAUAGUUUGAAAAUGAAGUUAAAGAAUGUAAAUUAUCGGCUCUUAGACGAUAAUGACUUCAGUGAAGUAGCUAGUCUAAUUGCGAAUGACUAUUUACCGAAUGAACCUAUUCUAAUAACGCUAAAUUCAACUAAAAAGGAUGCAGAAAAACUAACUGAAAUCGAUGUAAAACCAGUUUUGACGCUCAAUGCUUCUUAUGGUGCUUUUGACACUGAAUCAGGAGAAUUAGUUGGUAUAAGUAUCGUUGACAUUGGAAAAUACAAGAAAUCUGAAUCUCACAAUUCAGAUGUUCCAUUGUGUAUAAAACAGUUUAUUGGAAUUGAUGAAGUGCUUAUUGGAGGAAGUUUAAAAGAAUAUUUUGGUACGAACAACUACGCAUAUUGCUCAAUUUUGUGCACAAAACAUGAAUAUACCAAACAAGGAAUUGGCACUGAAUUGUUAAGAAGAACAAAUAAAAAUGCAAAUAAUAAAAAAUGUGAAAACAUUUGUGUGAUUACAUCGAGUUACUAUUCUGAAAAAAUUGUUCGAAAGAUCGGAUAUGAUUCAAUGAUAACGGUUGAUUAUAAAGAUUACGUUGAUCCAUCAACUGGUAACAAAAUAUAUGCUAACAUACCAAGUCCCCACGAAAGAAUAACAUUCUGGGUGAAAAAUUUGACGAGAAUAGAUUAAUGGAAUGAAAAUGAAAGAUGUAGAAAACUUUGUAUUGUCAGACUUCAAUCAUUCCUAAAUACAACCAGUUUUACCAGUUUGUGUUCACAAGAACUUAUAUUUGUAGAAUUUGGUUUUUUUUCUGUUUAUCAAUCUCCACUUAUUAGACGUGAAGACAAAUGGUUUGUUUUGCUUAAUUAUUGUGGUUACGGCCAUUGUUGUUGUUGUGAAGAAAAUAAUUCCUCUUUUGUGUUAUUCUUUCAUAUUGUAUUUGUGUUUGUAAAAAUUUAAAUAUAUAAUAUAUAUCAUAUGGACAGAAUAAAUAAAUAAACGAGAAUAUCGGUCA